AUGUCGAACGUUUACUUUCCAUACUCCAAGGCGCCUUUGCGCACUAUUAAGGAAAUUCAGUUUGGUCUUUUCUCCCCAGAAGAGAUCAAGCGGAUGAGUGUUGUGCAUGUGGAGUACCCGGAGACUAUGGAUGAUCAGAGACAACGGCCACGGACAAAGGGUCUGAAUGAUCCUCGCCUCGGAACAAUCGAUCGGCAAUGGAAUUGCGAGACUUGUGAGGAAGGUCAGAAAGAAUGUCCUGGACAUUUUGGACAUAUCGAACUCGCCACUCCAGUUUUCCAUAUCGGUUUUUUGACUAAAAUCAAGAAGCUACUUGAGACGGUCUGCCACAACUGUGGAAAGAUCAAAGCUAACACGUCCGACCCAAAGUUCCUUGAAGCCAUUCGUAUAAGAGACCCGAAGCGACGAUUCGACCACAUCUGGCGCCUGUCCAAGGAUGUCCUGAUUUGCGAAGCCGAUCCUCCUCCCGAAGAAGACGAACCGUUUUCGAAAGAGAGUUCUAAGCCUAUGAGAUCCCAUGGUGGGUGUGGCAAUGCCCAGCCGACAAUUCGCAAAGAAGGAAUUACCUUAGUUGGAACAUGGAAGCCCAACAAGAGCAUGAUGGAGGACGACAUGGAUAUGCAGCAGCCGGAGAAGAAGACCAUCACCCCUCAAGUGGCCCUGAACGUUUUUCGCAAUAUUUCCCAUGAAGAUGUUCGCAUCAUGGGGCUGAGCAAUGACUAUGCGCGUCCCGAGUGGAUGGUUAUUACUGUUUUGCCCGUCCCACCCCCUCCUGUCCGUCCCAGCGUGCUUGUGGGAGGCAGCACUAGUGGCCAGCGUGGUGAGGAUGACUUGACAUACAAGUUGGCUGAAAUUGUCCGAGCAAACCAGAAUGUCCAGCGCUGCGAGCAGGAAGGUGCUCCGGAGCACGUUGUUCGCGAAUUCGAGUCACUAUUGCAGUACCAUGUCGCCACUUACAUGGACAACGACAUUGCUGGCCAACCAAAGGCUAUGCAAAAGUCGAACCGACCAGUGAAGGCUAUUCGUAGCCGUCUGAAGGGUAAGGAGGGUCGUCUGAGACAAAACUUGAUGGGUAAACGUGUGGAUUUUUCGGCACGUACGGUCAUUACUGGUGAUCCCAAUUUGUCCCUCGACGAGGUCGGUGUUCCGAAGAGCAUUGCACGAACCUUGACAUACCCCGAAGUUGUAACCCCUUACAACAUCGAGAAGCUGCAGCAGCUUGUCUUGAAUGGUCCCAAUGAGCACCCUGGCGCGAGAUAUAUCGUCAGAGAUAAUGGCGAGCGCAUUGAUUUGCGUCACGCUAAAAGAGCGGGUGGUCAGCAGUUACUAUACGGCUGGAAAGUUGAACGUCAUGUAAUGGACGGCGAUGUGAUUCUUUUUAAUCGGCAGCCCUCCCUGCACAAAGAGUCUAUGAUGGGCCAUCGUGUGCGCGUAAUGCCUUACUCGACGUUUCGACUGAACUUGUCUGUCACGACUCCCUAUAAUGCAGAUUUCGAUGGUGACGAAAUGAACCUGCACGUCCCACAGAGUGAGGAAUCUCGAGCGGAACUCAGUCAGCUCGCACUGGUUCCAUGUAACAUCGUGUCUCCUCAGCGAAAUGGACCACUGAUGGGUAUCGUGCAGGAUACACUCUGUGGUAUCUAUAAGGUUUGCCGUCGCGAUGCGUUCCUGACCAAGGAGCAAGUAAUGAACAUCAUGUUGUGGGUACCUGACUGGGAUGGCGUUAUUCCACCUCCGGCAAUUUUGAAACCUAGGCCCAGGUGGACUGGAAAACAAAUGAUCAGCAUGGCACUUCCUUCCGGCCUCAACCUCUUACGUGUUGACAAAGAUAACUCCCCGCUUUCAGAGAAGUUCUCCCCUCUGAAUGAUGGUGGCCUCCUUAUUCAUGGUGGUCAACUGAUGUAUGGAAUGUUUUCCAAGAAAACUGUUGGCGCUAGUGGUGGAGGUGUUAUCCAUACUAUCUUUAAUGAGUAUGGGCAGGAUACUGCUGUCGCCUUCUUCAAUGGUGCUCAGACCAUUGUCAACUACUGGCUGCUACACAAUGGUUUUAGCAUUGGUAUUGGUGACACCAUUCCAGACGCACUAACGAUCCAGAGAAUUGAAAACUGUGUGCGUGUAAGGAAGCAGGAGGUCGAGUCGAUUACUGCAAGUGCCACAGAGAACACGCUUGAGCCGUUACCUGGUAUGAAUGUGCGAGAAACUUUUGAGAGUAAGGUCUCGCGUGCUCUUAACAAUGCUCGUGACGAGGCCGGUAGCGAGACCGAAAAGAGCUUGAAGGAUUUGAACAAUGCGAUUCAAAUGGCCCGUUCCGGAUCAAAGGGUUCAACCAUCAAUAUUUCCCAGAUGACUGCUGUGGUGGGUCAACAGUCUGUCGAGGGCAAGCGUAUUCCUUUCGGAUUCAAGUAUCGUACAUUGCCGCACUUUACGAAGGAUGACUACUCUCCGGAGUCCCGGGGUUUCGUGGAAAACUCAUAUCUACGUGGUCUGACUCCGACGGAGUUCUUCUUCCACGCUAUGGCUGGUCGUGAGGGUCUUAUCGAUACUGCUGUCAAAACCGCCGAAACUGGAUACAUUCAGCGAAAGUUGGUCAAGGCCCUGGAAGAGGUUAUGGUUAAAUAUGAUGGUACUGUCCGCAACAGUCUGGGGGAUAUCAUACAGUUUAUCUACGGCGAAGACGGCCUCGACGGUGCUCAUAUCGAGAACCAGCGAGUUGAUAUUAUCAGGUGCUCUGAUGACAAGUUCAGGGAUCGGUUCCGUGUUGAUCUCAUGGACCCUGAGAGUAGCCUUGGACCCGAGGUCCUGGAGCAGGCCAAUGAAAUUGCUGGUGACGUGGAGGUCCAGAGAUAUCUGGACGAAGAGUGGGAAGAGCUUCUGAAAGAUCGGGCUUUCCUCCGCUCGGUCGUCAAGGAAGACGAGGAGAUGAUGCAGCUUCCGAUUAAUGUGCAGAGAAUCCUUGAGACUGCUAGGACUACAUUCCGGAUCCGUGAAGGGACAAUCAGUGAUUUACAUCCGGCGGAGGUCAUUCCUCAAGUACAAUCUUUGCUGGAUCGGUUGCUGGUUGUGCGUGGCGAUGACGAUAUUUCAAAAGAAGCCCAGGAGAAUGCGACACUACUGUUCAAGGCGCAGCUUCGGAGUCGUCUUGCGUUCCGCAGACUCGUCACAGAGUACUCGAUGAACAAACUUGCAUUCCAGCAUGUUAUUGGAGCCAUUGAGAGUCGGUUUGCUAAAGCUGGUGCUAACCCCGGUGAAAUGGUUGGCGUUUUGGCUGCUCAGUCGAUUGGUGAACCAGCUACACAGAUGACUCUGAACACUUUCCAUUUUGCUGGUGUCUCAUCGAAGAACGUCACCCUUGGUGUUCCUCGUCUAAAAGAAAUUCUAAACGUUGCUACAAACAUCAAGACACCAUCCAUGACCGUUUAUCAGGAGCCCGUGAGGUCACAUGAUAAGGAGGGUGCUAAACAAUUGCGAAGUGCUGUGGAGCACACAAGCUUACGAUCAGUUACGGAGGCCACUGAGAUUUACUAUGACCCCGACAUCCAGACUACUGUUAUUGAGAAUGAUAGGGAUAUGGUAGAGUCCUAUUUCAUCAUUCCCGAAGAUGUUGCAGAUGAUUCGGCUCGGCAAUCUAAGUGGCUGCUUCGUAUUAUCCUGAGUCGACCGAAACUCCUUGACAAGGGUCUUACUGUGCAGGAUGUCGCUGCCAAGAUCAAACAGGCAUAUCCAAAAGAUAUUGCCGUUAUUUUCAGCGAUAACAACGCUGAUGAGCAAGUCAUUCGUAUUCGUCAGAUUCAAGACAACAAAGACGACGAGGAUGACGACGAUGUCGAAUACGACGUUACACUGAAGAAACUAGAGCAGCAUCUUUUGGAUACGCUCACUCUUCGAGGAGUGCCAGGCGUGGAGCGUGCAUUUAUCAACGAGAAGAGCAAGAUUCGGGUCCUUGAUGAUGGCUCGUUAUUUGCGAGCAAGACUGAUCCACUCUGCAAGGAAUGGGUCCUCGAAACUAGUGGAUCUUCCCUUGGCGAAGUUUUGGCAAUUCCUGGUGUUGAUGCUUCCCGCACCUAUUCCAACCAAUUUAUCGAAGUGUUUGAGGUCUUUGGUAUCGAGGCCGCCCGUACAGCUGUUCUUCGCGAAUUGACGCAGGUGCUUGCCUUUGAUGGUUCGUAUGUGAACCACCGUCAUUUGGCGUUGCUGGUUGAUGUCAUGACUGUCCGAGGUUACUUGACCCCGGUUACUCGUCAUGGUAUCAAUCGUGCUGACAACGGCGCACUUAUGCGGUGUUCUUUCGAGGAAACGGUGGAGAUCUUGUUGGAGGCAGCUGCCUUUGGUGAACUUGAUGACUGCCGCGGUGUUUCCGAAAACUUGAUUCUGGGACAAAUGGCACCUGCCGGUACUGGAGAAUUUGACAUCUAUCUUGAUCAGAACAUGCUCAAUACCGUUGUGUCUAAUAACGCUCGAUUCGGCGUGAUGGGCGCUAUCGGCGCCAAAGAUGCGAUCAUCUCGGAUGGUGCCGCCACUCAAUAUGACACUGGCUCUCCCAUGCAAGAGAGCGCCUAUAUUGGUACACCUGAUCCAGACUCGAACUUCUCUCCUAUUCGGCAGGCAGGUGCUGAGACACCUGGUGGUUUUACCGAGUACCAGCCUACCGUUGGUUUCGGGGGUGGGUUUAGUCCGGCGCCUACAAGCCCAGCUGGCUAUUCUCCCAGCAGUCCCUUCAGUGCGAACCCGACAUCCCCUGGCUAUUCGCCUACGUCUAGUUACUCCCCAACGUCCCCUGGUAUGGGCAUUACCAGUCCUCGUUUCAUGACGUCCCCCGGAUUUUCUCCUGCCAGCCCAACGUUUGCACCGACCUCGCCCGCCUACUCCCCUACGUCACCAGCGUAUGGACAGGCGUCACCAACCUCACCGUCGUACUCCCCGACUUCUCCAGGAUUCUCCCCUACGUCGCCGAACUACAGCCCGACCUCGCCAAGUUUCAGUCCUACCUCACCGGCGUUUAGUCCGACAUCUCCAAGCUAUAGCCCCACUAGCCCUGCUAUUGGUGGUGCCGGUCGACAUCUGUCUCCCACCUCACCAACGUCUCCCAAAUACACACCUACUUCGCCUGGGUGGUCUCCCACGAGUCCCCAGACGUACUCUCCCACAUCCCCCAACUUUGCCGGCUCGCCGACUUCUCCCGGCGGACCAACGUCCCCUGGCUACAGUCCAACGUCGCCGGCCUUCAGCCCUUCGUCACCCCGUCAGUGA